AUGGAUAUUGAGGGAUUGCGUAGUGACGCCGUGGAGACGGACUGGUCACCUGUUAUGUCAGCUGAUUCUAUUGACGACAAAGUAAUGCAAUUCAACAUUAUAGUCACUAAGUUGUAUGAUGUACAUGCACCUUUAAGAGCCAUUAAAAUAAAGCAUACUCCUGCUCCAUGGCUCACAGAUGAAAUUAGGGCACUUAUGCACAAAAAAGUUACAACUAAGGCCAAAUUUAAACGUCGUCCAACUAACGAUAACAAAAUGAAGUACUAUCAAGCCAGAAAUCGCUGCAAUAGAAUGUGUAGGGAUGCACAACGUCACUAUAUUCAUAACUCAAUUUCUGAUCAGGAAUCUGCUAAAGUUUGGAAAUUCCUUAGAUCACUUGGAGUCGGCAAGAUCCGUCACAAAAAUUUGCAUCAAAACUUAGACAUGAAUUCUCUCAAUCAGCAUUUUUCCUCGUCGUCCAUUAUUAUGGAUAUAGAUGACAAAACUAGCACAAUUUCUUAUCUUUCAUCACUUCCGACUCCAAACUAUUCUCCUUUCGUUUUUAAUCAAUUCACAGAGUGUGAUGUUAAGAAAAGCAUUAUGGCAAUUUCCUCUAGCGCUGUUGGUGUUGACUGUAUCAGUCGCAAUAUGAUUCUUCCUAUCCUCGAUCAGAUCCUAUCAAUUAUUUGCCAUAUCCUUAAUCACUCCGUAAUAACUAGUGUUUAUCCUAAAAUCUGGAAAGAAGCGCAAAUAAUCCCUCGUCCAAAAAAGGCCAAUCCCGCAUCUCGUUCUGAUUUCCGUCCCAUCUGUAUUCUACCUUUCCUUUCCAAAGUCCUUGAACGUUUGAUUCACAACCAAUUCACCUCGUUCCUUAACAAAAAGAACCUAAUAAAUCCUCUUCAGUCUGGUUUCCGACCUGGUCACAGUAUAACAACUGCUCUCAAAGUCAGUUAA